AUGACGACCGAAGAGAAACAGCCGACGGCUUCGGAGGCCAAGGCCGUCGGUCAUGAGCUGGCCAGCGUGCUCCCAAACGAUGGACUGCCAUGGUGGAAGAAGAGCCAUCUCAUCAAACUCAACUUCUGCAUUGUGUCUUUUAUGCUCUUUACCAGCUCCAAUGGUUUCGACGGCUCGGUCAUGAACGGCUUCUUAGCCCUGCCACAAUGGAAGAACUUCAUGGAUAACCCUACGGGAGCAUGGCUCGGCUUCAUCAACGCGGUUUACUCCUUGGGCGCUGUCAUUGGCUACCCUCUUACCGCCAUGCUGUGCAACCGAUGGGGUCGCAAGAUUGGCCUUUGGCUCAGCGUUCUCGUGUCUCUUGCGGGCACUGCUCUUCAAACUGCCGCCCCGAACCAGGUGUCUUUCAUCAUUGCUCGACUUCUGAUGGGUCUUUCUCAAGGAUUGUCGGUUGGAGCUCCUUUGUUGAUCGCCGAGAAUGCGUUUCCGACUCAUCGCGGCAUUGCCUCUAGCAUCUAUAACACAGGUUGGUAUGUUGGUGCUAUUGUUGCAGCUUGGGCGACUUUCGGAACCAGAAACAUGGAAGGGGACGUUUCGUGGCGCAUUCCGUCCGGUUUGAUGGCUCUCUUGCCUCUCAUGACAGUUCCUGCACUCUUUAUGAUGGACGAGUCUCCUCGUUGGCUCGUCUCGAUGGACCGAGCGGAUGAGGCUCGCCAGAAUCUCGCAAAGUCUCACUGCGGCGGCAACAUGCACGAUCCCCUCGUUGCAUUCGAGAUGGCCGAAAUUGAAGAAGCUCUUCAAGCCGAGAAAGAGGCGAACGACAACACAUCAUGGGCGGACUUAUGGUCAACCCCUGGAAACCGCCACCGCCUAUGGAUCUCUGUUUCCCUGGGUAUCUUCGCCCAGUGGUCAGGCAACGGCGUGGUCAGUUACUACUUGGCUUUGAUCUUGGAGUCAGUUGGUAUUCGCUCUGUGACUGACCAGACAUUGAUCUCUGGUUGUCUACAAAUCUGGAAUCUGAUUUGGUCUGUGGCUGCGGCGGCUUGUGUCGACAAAGUCGGUCGCAAGGCCCUUUUCAUGACCAGCGGCAUCAUCAUGCUAGUGUCCUACAUCAUCGUUACUGGUCUCUCGGGAAGCUUUGCUACAACGAGCAACACUCCUACUGGCCUUGCAGUUGUUCCAUUUUUGUUCAUAUACUUCCUCGGCUACGAUCUGGCCCUAACACCUUUGGUCAUUUCAUAUCCAGUCGAGAUUUGGACAUACCAGAUGAGAGCUCGUGGACUUGCCAUCUGCCAGAUGGUCUCUCUCGGCGCAAUCUUCUUCAACACGUUCAUCAACCCCAUCGCGCUUGACGCCAUCCAGUGGAAAUACUACUUCGUGUUUGUCGCGAUCUUGGUAGCCAUGCUCAUCAGCGUCUGGUUCACCUACCCCGAGACCCGUGGUCGUACUCUUGAAAGCAUAGCUUGGCUUUUCGACGGGGAAGAUGCCAAUGUUGGCAUCGUUACCGCGGACAACACCUUCAAAAGCACGAAUCACCACAUCGAGGACCCUUCCACAGACGCUUCCGAUGCCAAGCAGGAGGCUACGAAGUGA